AUGGGGCUCUCACCGAGCGCCCACAACCCUAACAAGGUUAAGAUACAAGUACAAGCUAAUACAAAUGCUCCUGAUGCGCUUAUUGCGCCUGAUUUAACUGAAGCAGAUCCAACGCAAACUCUAACUAUGGAUUUACGGAUCUUGUUAAAACCGAUUGAGAUCAUUCCACACCAAUCACGAAUGAAAGCUAUCUAUAACUUUUCACUUUUUUCAUCACCUGUCCUACCUUCACGCAUAAAAAUUAAGAAUUUAGAAGAUUUUAAGAUAAAUUAUUCACAAAUUGCAAUAUCUCGCUUCGGCUUAGGAAGAGUUAUUUGCUUUGGACACAUUUCAACUCUUACAUCAUGUAUUCCUUCAAUCAGAAAAAAUGCAUUAUUCAUGGAAAAGAUGCUAAGAUGGAUUGGAGGACCUAGACCAAUUACACGUAUGCUAUGCUUAUAUAAUGUUGAUCCACAAUACCAUAUUAUGCUUCGAAAGAACAUGGAAGGAUUAGGUUUUGGUAUUGACAUUAAAGAUCAGAUCAAUGUAUACACAGAAAAUACUAUAAUACUAGUUCAGACUAAUAAAGCCCCAGAUCCAGGCCUAAUUGAGUUUGUUAAUCUUGGAGGCGGUUUGAUCGUCGUAGGAGUUGAUGAUCCAAAGAUAACAAUCAAUGAUACAUUAGCAAAACUUGGUUUAUGCUAUCUUCAAUACCCUCAUGAGUUCUAUGAUGAUGAAUCUCUUGCUGAUAUCGUUCCAAACAAGAAAUUUGAAGAUUUACAGGACGCAAACUUAGAUGUGCAUAUUAAAGCUCUUAAGACCAUGUAUCAACAAAAACCAGAUGCUAUUGAUUCCAUUCAAACAAUGGCAACAAUUGUAGGAGAAGAGAUCGAACGCGCUUCAAUAAUCAAUACGAACUAUGCUUAUGAUGUUUGUGAAACAUUUGGCCCAAUACUUCACUCAAUGAUUCAACAAGGGGGCUGGAAAUAUGGAGAUAACCAAAUUUCAGCCACUCUUACUAAAUUAAUUGUUAAAGCAGCAUCAGUACUACCAUUGAGUUACUUUGCCACGUAUGAUUUCUCUGGUCGUUUCGUUGGUUCUUCGAUGAACUCAGAUUGUCAACAAGUUACUGUUUCUUUAUCGUUCCCAGACCCAGGAUGGUAUUCAACUGGCCUUUGGAUUCAACCACAAUAUCUUUCUCAAGUCCAAUUCGACCAAAGAGUUCCAAAUUGUCAGAUAAUUAUUGGUUGCCAUACGUUUAAUGCAAUUGAUAAUGAACCUCCAUGGAAGAGAUUUCCAAUUGUCUCACUUCGACGCCAGAUUACUGAUAGAUUCCAUGAAAUUGCUACUCCUUAUGGAGGAAUGGUCUAUUUUGCUCCCGGAGAAAGCGAAAUCAUUGAGAAAAAUAAAUCAAUACAUGUGACUCUCUCAGAUGCUGUUAAAUAUCCAAUGAUGAUCCUCGGUAAACCGGAUUCUUGGAAGAAUACUUAUACAGAAGACAUUCCAUGGGGUGAAAUCGUCACUAAAACAAUCAUUAUAGCAGCUAGAACAGAUCAAAUCAAUAUGAUUUCGGAUCAAGAAGGUCAAUUAUCUUAUAUCGACUCAUUAAUCGCCCCAAUGGUCGAAGUUUCUGGUUACACCAUGUCCAAAAAGUUCAGAUUGGUCUUUGAUAUCGAAUAUCCUCAUACUUUUAUGAAUUCUUAUCCGAUCACAAUUGAUAUCAACCUCCACAAAAAGCUUUUACAUAGUAGAGAACUUUCGCAAGAGAUAUUUGAGAUCUUGGCUGCAAUUGCAUAUAACACAAUUGACUCUACAGGGCUGGACAAAGAUUUGCAUAAUUCUAUUGCUUAUUUCCUCAGUUUUUACAGUUUAACGCAACAAUUUGGAAUUGAAAACGUUAAAAAGGCAAUAAAGUGCGAAAGCCCAGGUUUCAAGCAAAUGUCGGAAGAUUUAGCUGUCAAACCAUCAAUUUUUACUUCCGCACUUUCGGAAGCCAGAGCUGCACAGUUAAACUUUGAUGAUGACGUCACAGAUGUUUUUAUUACUCAUUUAAAUUUAAAGAGCGGAAUAGAAGUCAAAUUGCCAAACGAGAAGAACAAUGAAUGA